AUGGCGACGACGUCGUCCAUGUUCAUGUACAGCUUGACGCUUCAGCCGCCUACAGCUGUUACCCAAGCCAUCCUUGGUCAAUUCGCUGGGACGAAGGAGCAGCAGAUUGUGACCGCGGCAGGCUCACGCCUUACCCUCCACAGACCGGAUCCAUCCCAGGGGAAAAUUAUUCCCGCUCUUUCGCAUGAUGUAUUUGGAAUUAUCAGGGCUAUAGCGGCUUUCAGACUGGCGGGAAGCAGUAAGGAUUAUAUUAUCAUCACGUCCGACUCAGGCCGUAUCACAAUAGUCGAGUAUCUUCCCGCACAAAACAAGUUCAACAGGUUACACCUCGAAACCUUUGGGAAAUCUGGUGUCCGGCGAGUCAUCCCAGGGCAAUAUUUGGCUGUGGACCCGAAAGGUAGAGCUUGCCUCACGGCCUCCGUGGAGAAAAACAAGCUUGUGUAUGUGCUGAACCGCAAUUCCCAAGCCGAGCUUACCAUUUCAUCUCCUCUGGAGGCGCAUAAAGCCCAGACAUUGGUAUUUGCACUUGUGGCCUUGGAUGUGGGAUAUGCAAAUCCUGUUUUCGCGGCACUCGAGGUAGACUAUGGGGACUCGGACCAAGAUCCUACAGGUCAAGCCUACGAAGAAAUUGAGAAGACCUUGGUUUAUUAUGAACUAGAUCUUGGAUUGAAUCAUGUUGUCCGGAAAUGGUCUGAUCCAGUUGAUCGGACAGCUACUAUACUCUUCCAGGUUCCCGGAGGCACAGACGGACCUAGCGGAGUGUUGGUUUGCGGAGAAGACAACAUCACAUACCGGCACUCGAAUCAAGAGGCUUUCCGUGUCGCGAUUCCCAGACGCAAAGGAGCUACAGAAGAUCCCCAAAGAAAGCGUACAAUUGUGGCCGGUGUGAUGCACAAACUUAAGGGAGCCGCUGGAGCCUUCUUCUUUCUCUUGCAAACAGAGGAUGGCGAUCUCUUUAAAAUUACAAUUGAGAUGGUUGAAGACGAUAAUGGCCAACCCACGGGAGAAGUCAAACGGCUUAAGAUCAAAUACUUUGAUACUGUGCCCGUCGCAUCCAGCCUUUGCAUUCUGAAGAGUGGCUUUUUAUUUGUUGCCAGCGAAUUUGGAAACCAUCAAUUCUACCAAUUUGAGAAGCUCGGAGAUGACGAUGAAGAGAUAGAAUUCACCAGCGAUAAUUUUCCCACGGAUCCGACCGAACCUUAUACACCCGUCUACUUCCAUCCACGGCCUGCGGAAAACCUGAGUUUAGUGGAGAGCAUUGAUUCCAUGAACCCACUGAUGGACUGUCAAGUCGCCAACCUCACAGAGGAAGAUGCUCCCCAAAUUUAUUCAAUAUGUGGCACAGGGGCCCGAAGCACAUUCCGAACUCUGAAGCACGGACUAGAAGUCAGCGAAAUCGUCGAGUCGGUGUUACCUGGCGUGCCAUCUGCUGUCUGGACCACGAAACUGACCCGAAAUGAUACGUUUGAUGCCUACAUAAUCUUAUCCUUCUCGAACGUAACACUUGUGCUCAGCAUUGGUGAGACUGUGGAGGAAGUGACAGACACCGGAUUUCUAUCCACUACACCAACCUUGGCCGUACAGCAACUUGGUGAGGAUGGCUUAAUUCAGGUCCAUCCAAAGGGUAUCAGGCAUAUUCGGGCAGAUCGUCGAAUAAAUGAGUGGGCUGCUCCUCAACAUCGUUCCAUCGUCGCAGCGACCACGAACGAACGGCAGGUUGCCGUGGCACUGAGCUCUGGCGAAAUUGUGUAUUUCGAGAUGGACUCAGACGGUUCACUUGCCGAAUAUGAUGAAAAGAAGGAGAUGAGCGGAACUGUCACAUGCCUAAGUCUGGGAGAAGUUCCAGAGGGUCGGGUGCGAAGUCAGUUCUUGGCUGUUGGCUGUGACGAUUCCACCGUUCGAAUUCUGAGUCUCGAUCCCGACUCCACACUCGAGAAUAAGUCUGUUCAAGCUUUGACAUCAGCGCCAUCCGCUUUAUCUAUCAUGGCGAUGGCUGAUUCAUCGUCUGGAGGCUCUACUCUCUAUCUUCACAUCGGACUUUAUUCUGGUGUCUAUUUAAGAACCGUUUUGGACGAGGUGACGGGAGAACUCUCUGAUACCCGAACCCGGUUCCUUGGUCCGAAGCCCGCAAAGCUUUUCAAAGUCUCUGUUCAAGGACAAACCGCAGUUCUUGCUCUGAGCUCAAGGCCUUGGCUUGGAUACUCAGAUCCGGUAACGAAAGGCUUUAUGCUGACACCUCUAAACUACCCCGGCCUCGAAUGGGGUUGGAAUUUUAGUAGUGAGCAGUGCACGGAAGGGAUGGUCGGUAUCCAAGGACAAAAUCUAAGGAUAUUUUCAAUUGAAAAAAUUACCGACAAUCUCCUCCAGGAGUCGAUACAACUUACUUAUACCCCCCGCCGCUUCGUCCGUCACCCAGAACACCCCUACUUCUAUACUAUUGAAUCCGAUAAUAAUAUCCUUUCUCCUGCAACUAAAAAUAAGCUGCUACAAGACCCGGCAGUUGUUAAUGGCGAUGCUACUGUUCUUCCGCCUGAAGAAUUUGGCUAUCCUCGGGGCAGAGGUCACUGGGCCUCUUGCAUAUCCGUCGUAGAUCCCGUCACCGAAAAGAAGGUACUCCAAAAGAUUGACCUCGAAGAUAAUGAAGCUGCGGUCAGCGUGGCAACUGUUUCAUUUGCGAGUCAAGAAGAUGAAGUGUUUCUGAUUGUUGGCACUGGAAAAGACAUGGUGGUAAGCCCGAGGUCGUCAACAGCUGGAUUCAUCCAUGUGUACCGGUUCCACGAGGACGGAAAGGAAAUUGAAUUUAUCCAUAAAACCAAGGUUGAAGAGCCGCCGAUGGCACUACUUGGAUUCCAAGGCAGGCUGCUCGCUGGAAUCGGAAAAGACUUGCGGAUUUACGACCUCGGUAUGCGUCAGCUUCUCCGGAAAGCUCAAGCUGAAGUUGUGCCGAAUCUGAUUGUCGGGCUACAAACUCAAGGAAGCCGUAUCGUCGUGAGCGAUGUUCAAGAAAGUAUCUUCAUGGUCGUAUACAAGUUCCAGGAGAAUAGGCUUAUUCCUUUUGUGGACGAUACAGUACCCCGCUGGACAACAUGCACAACUAUGGUGGACUAUGAAACCGUUGCGGGAGGUGACAAGUUUGGAAACCUUUGGCUUUUACGAUGUCCUGCUAAAGCUAGUGAGGAGGCUGAUGAGGAAGGAUCUGGGGCGCAUCUUCUCCACGAACGACAAUAUCUACAAGGAGCUCCGCAUCGUCUUACAUUGAUGGCUCAUUUCUUCCCUCAAGACAUCCCAAUGAGUAUACACAAGACAAAUCUCGUUGCAGGUGGCAGGGACUGUCUGUUGUGGAGUGGAUUGCAGGGCACCCUCGGUAUUCUCAUCCCGUUCAUACACUCUCUUGCCUACGGACAAGAAACAAAUGAUCGCAGGGGAACUGGAUCGCUCGGUGCGGGAGAUCGAGCGAAAAAUUUCUGCAAGUCCGCCCAUAUACUUUGA